AAAAAACCGAGAGAGAGAGAGAGAGAGAGAGAGAGAGAGCGCGAGCCUCUCAGCUGCAGUGUAAACAGCCCGCUCUCCUGCCAUGCUACUGCCCACCGGAGCGCGCGACGAGAGCCGGGGCUUUACGGACUGAGCAGCUCGAGCGCGUGUAAGGCCGGGGGGAGGAGGAGGAGAAGGAAUGGAGAGGAGCGAGCAGACCCUGAGCGGGAGGAGAUGAGGAUGAGGAUGAUGAUGAAGGAUCUGCCCCACUUCAGCAGCUAAGAGCCUCCCUCUGCUCUGCACGCGGCCAUGGAGAAGACGCUGCACGCGGGCCUGGAGAAGGCGAGCUGGGCGCGCAGGACGGCCCGCUCGGUCCAGAGCUCUGCUCCGGGCUCGGGCUCGGGCUCGGGCUCGGGAUCGGGAUCUGGAUCUGGUUCUGGUUCUCCGGGCCAGGGCUCGAUGGGGAGGCGCAGCAGAGCCCAGCUGGAGGGAGUGCUGAGCAAAUACACCAACCUCCUGCAGGGCUGGCAGAACAGGUAUUUUGUCCUAGACCCGGAGCUCAGUCAGCUGCAGUAUUUUGUGAAUGAGCAGGGGCGGAGCCAGAAGCCUCGCGGGACCCUUCCUCUGAUUGGUGCAUCGGUUACCCUGAGCGACGAAGCUCCUCACAUGUUCAUCGUCAGCUCAGCCAAUGGGGAGCUUUUUAAACUCCGAGCGGUGGACAGUAGAGAGCAGCAGAUGUGGAUGUCUCAGCUGCAGGCCUGCUCCAGACGCCUCUCCGACUGCAGCGCUAAGGUGAAGAAACUAAAGGACUCUGAUGAGCACCUGUGUGUGGACCGGACCGCCAGUAACCUGGACACACAGGGUCGUGUGUGUAGUUUUUCUCUCCUCCCCUCCUCCUCCUCCUCUUCCUCUCCUGGAGUUCAGAGACAUCAUCCUGCAGCUCCCGGUAACAUCAUCACCAUCACUCACACACACCACAAAUCACCUGCAGCUGCGCGACGGAGCCGGACCCCCUACCCACACACACUGCUGGAGGUCAAAGAGGUGAUGUCCCAGGCCGAGGCCAGGCAGAAGACUCUGGUCCAAUCUAUAGAUGGUUUACCCCGUAGAGGUUCAGUGUCGUGCCUGGAUCAGGACCUUCUGCUGCUCAAAGCCACGUCAGCUGCCACACUCAGCUGCCUGGGGGAGUGCCUGAGCAUUCUGCAGCACAGCCACACCCACAGCCAUGCCCACAACCAAGCCCCGGCCUCCGAUGGUGCUCACGUGUGGACGGUUCCAAAGUCCCCGUCGGCGGAGUGUGUGAGGAACGGAGGUGUGGCACCUUUGCAUUCAACAGAACCCUCGCCGUCGCUCAGGAAGAAAGUCCCUGCCCACAAUGCUGAGGCUGGUGUAGAGUUGGUCUCGCCAAGUGAAGAAGUGAUGGACACUGAGGAGAAUGUAGAGGAAGAGCUGGGGGUUCUGGAGGACCAAAGGAGUGUCAUUCUACACCUGCUGUCACAACUUAAACUGGGCAUGGACCUCACACGGGUUGUUUUGCCAACAUUUAUCCUGGAGAAGCGCUCCCUGCUGGAGAUGUACGCUAAUUUCAUGGCCCAUCCAGACAUGUUCCUGGCUGUCUCCAUGGGAGCGACCCCUGAGGAGCGGAUGGUGCGGUUUGUGGAGUAUUACCUGACCUCCUUCCACGAAGGACGUAAGGGUGCCGUAGCCAAAAAGCCGUAUAACCCCAUCCUGGGGGAAACAUUCCAUUGUUCUUGGGAGGUUCCUCAGGACAAAGUGAGACCCCUCAGGACUCACUCAUAUUCUGCUGGGCCAGGGGCCAAUCAGGAGGUGGCGGAGGCAGGGUCAGGGAGUUAUCAGGUGCGAUUUGUGGCUGAGCAGGUUUCCCAUCAUCCCCCGGUGUCUGCGUUUUACUGCGAGUGCCAAGAGAAGGAGAUGUGUGUGAACGUUCACGUCUGGACCAAGAGCAAGUUCAUGGGCAUGUCUGUGGGAGUGUCCAUGGUGGGGGAAGGUGUGCUGAGCCUGCUGGAGCAUGGGGAGGAGUAUGUGUUUACUCUGCCGUCUGCUUAUGCCCGCUCCAUCCUCACUGUCCCGUGGGUGGAGCUUGGGGGGAAAGUGACCAUCAGCUGCGCUAAGAGCGGAUACUCUGCUACAGUCACCUUCCACACCAAGCCAUUCUACGGGGGAAAAGUGCACAGGGUAACAGCGGAGGUGAAACAGAACUCGACGGGUACCAUCGUCUGUAAGGCUCAGGGGGAGUGGAACGGUACUCUGGAGUUCAGCUACAGCAGCGCAGACACCAAAGUUAUCGACACGACCAAACUGCCCGUCAUAAAGAAGCUGAUCCGGCCAGUGGAGAAGCAGAGCCGGACUGAGUCCAGGCGGCUAUGGCAGCAUGUUACCAGUGCACUGAAAGAGGGCAACAUCGAUGCAGCGACAGAACACAAGCAUCAGCUGGAGGAAGGGCAGCGGGCAGAGGAGAGACAGAGAGCAGACAGUGGGUCACCAUGGAAACCCAAAUACUUCACCAAACAGGGUGAUGGCUGGGUCUACAAUAACCCCUUAUGGAAGACACACUGAGCAGUCCCUGGACAGUGACUGUAAAAGCUGGACACACUUCUAUCACUAGCAGCCUCAGGUCCACUUCACACUCUGGAGAGAUGAGAGCUGAGCAGGACAAAGCAAAAAGACUUGUGGACAAACAGGACCAAACAGAAGAAACAGGCUUUUAAUUAUUAUUGCUGCCCCUUGGCGUUGAUGAACUUUAGAUGAACUUUAAGGUGAGAAAACAGUCAAGGUACUAGUUCUUUAUUCUCUACAUACAAUUUAAACUUAGAAACUGUUAUAGUAGGAUACUUUUAUAUAACUAUAUUAUAAUGUAUACACAGUAUGUAGAAUAUAUUCUAUUUUUCACCCAGGCCUUUGGUUUGCAUUCACACCUACCUGUGCAUGGUGCGUCUGAAGUGAUUUUCCAUGUGGUGCUUCUUUCUUUUAUUGUGGACCAUCAAUGCAGAAGCUUCCAAGCGUUUAAUAUCAUAACAACCACCUGGGAAACCCUCAUUUUUUCUCUUAUAAAAGUUUAAUGUGGACUUUAUAGAUGGAUUAAAUCUGUCUCAGUCCUGGCUUCUCUUUUUCCAACCCUGAAAGAACCUUCUGAGAUGAAUGUAUGGCCCAGUGACCCUGUUGGCUAAUUGUAGCAUUGCUAAAGACCCUCAUUCAGUUAGAUGAAAAAUGACCUGCCACGUCUUCUCAAUCAUUUCUCUUUGAGGCCUGCAUGUAGGUCAGUCCCGAUGACUUGAUCUUUAAUGGGCCUCAACAGGACGGCAUUGUUAGGCGUAAUUGAGGAGAAAAUGAGAUUUGACUCUGCAGUUUAGAGGGAAUGGGUCAGUUUUAUACCUCACCGUUUUCACUCAGAGACGCAGGAUUUAGCAGGUUACAGAUUUAGAUCUUUGGAAACAGACACUCGUUUUUUUAAAGACAUUUGUUUCUGGUCACUUUGCACUUUUGUUCACACAGAGGCCUCAACUUUAGUGCCCACUUUACACUUGACUUUGAGGCACUUUCUGUUGGUUCCUAGCUUAAUCAGACACUAUGUCUUAAAGGAAUAGGUCUCAAAACGCUAACAGGGCUACUGAGUAAAAGCCUGCAGCUCCCAGUUAGCGUGAUGUUAAUUAGGGCCUUCCAGCUUUGAGUUAUAUAAGCCAUGUUGGCGUGGAAAGUUGGUUUAUGGUGGAUAUAAUUCAGCUUAUCAAAUGUUCCGCUGGAUGAAUGUGGGAACUCACACUUGUUUUUAUUGUUUCAGAUAACAGUCAUGGCAAUCACAGUGCGUCUCUAUCGUGUUUCGAAAACGUCCUGACUGUUAUUUGCUACUGCUUGUUAAUCAACUGCUAAUAAAAGGAACUAAUUCAAA